AUGUCGGCGACCACCGCGUCUUUGCCAUCUCCUCAAGCUUGGAGUCCCAACGUCGCAACUAACGCAGUGUCUACUACCCCGUUGGGAAUGCCGCCACGGACACCCGCGUCAGUCGGCCAGAUGGCGGCUCCUAUUCUGGGUUCUGGAGGUGCCCUCUCACCGCGAGUCCUGCGCGAUUCGUGCAAUGGCUACUUCGGCGUCGUCGAUUUCAAUUCCAACAACCCGCCAAACUCGACAGCGGGAAAACAUACGCGCAAAACCUGGAAUUUAACGUCGGGCUCGCCAGGUGCUGGGAAACAAGGGAAUCGUCAGCCCUCUGAAUACAACUUCGAAUCGGCUGGGUUUGUUGCUGGCCAUAGAAUCACGUCCAGUUUUGAGAAACAAACGCAGGCCCUUCGCGAUAGAGAUCGCAGGGCUGAGGAGAGGCCUAUAUGA